AUGUCGUCCUCAACACAAAAUGCCAGACAGGCACAAGAAGCCUUGGACUCCAACCACAGCCAGUCGCCAUUGCAACCCAUUCGCACCAACCCAUCCCCUGUUUCCCAGGCAGCCCGGCACAUCCACCCUGUGCUGCUCCUCGCUGUCUUCGCCUUUGGCUUCGAUAGCCUUGUUUCCGACCCAAUCUCGUCAAUGAGGAGUGCAUUGCCUAUUGCGAUAGUAGUUCAAGCAGCCUAUGCCUUUCUCUGCCUCCCUGUGAUAGGCUCCCAGGCCUCCAAGGCUUCUAGGAAGCCUCGGCCUGGAGAGAAGAAGACCGGUGCGGAUGGCCCCAGGUCGAACAUGUUUGUUGCCGCCUUCCUCUCCCUUCUCCUGUCCAUAUUCAUCUCGCCCCUCUUCCACGUGGCCAUGGUCCUCUGCGGGGCCCCUAUGCUCACCCACAUACCGCAUACCUUCUUAUGCGCCCUCCAUCUAUCGAUCCUCACUCUCUUCCCCGUCUUCUACGUACGCGGCUCCGAAUCACCUUCCUGGCUCGCCGUCUCCAGCUUUCGCGCUCCCUUCGAUGAGACAUUCGGGGGACUGGUCGGCGGGGUGGUAGGGGCAUGGUUAGGCGCGUUUCCUAUCCCGCUCGACUGGGACAGGGAGUGGCAGAAGUGGCCAGUUCCUAUUCUCUGUGGGGUCUACGCCGGCUACGUCGUCGGCAAGGUUAUCGGAGGAAGCUUGGUCUUUGGGAAGAAGUUCUGA